CUUAGAGCAAUUAACACCGUCACAGUUAAAUACAGGACAAGUAACCAAAACUCGUAUUUCAAAUGACUGCUGUUUGUACGAUUGCUUUUGAAUAGACUGCAGUGUAGAACACCUACGGGUCAAUGGUAGUGAUAGAGGCAAAAUACAUUUACAUGGUACAUGAAAGCAUAGGCUAUUUGUAUUCAGGCUGCAUAUCAAUUGUUAUUAAGCUACACCAACAACUGAAUUAUUUCAGAAAAAAAUUAGUGUCGUUUCUUUUUCAAUCAGAAAGUUGUGAGACAAUAAAAAAUAAAUAUAUUUUAUGUUAAAAAUAGCCUACCUAGGUGGACCAAAGGAAAUUGAUAUAAGGAAAUUGUCUGAAAAUCCAUGGGAUUUUUCACACCUGAACGUGCUAUUCACUGAAGCAUGUUUGUUUUUUAGAUUUGACCCUGAUUGUGGAUUGGCAGUCUCGUGGCAUAGGAUCUACUCCUUAAAACGAAUGGCGCUUCAGCCCGCCACUGCGCAACGCCUAGGCAACCACAACCACAUAAGGUCGCUCCGAGAGGAUUUUAAAACGUUGCUAACCGCGAUCGACCUGCCGCUUGGCAUUGAGUUGCUCUAUGGUGACCUUGGGCCCGAUUUUCAUCUUCGCUGAUAGUUAAGGUUAGGGGGAGAAAGUACGUUUGCUCGUUCUUCUUGAGUCCAAACGCCUUUAUUUAUAAAGACAGGGGUAAAUUAUAUUCAUUCUAUGUCUAUAUAAUCCUACCCAAUAACCUAAAUCCGGCUGAAUGACCUGUAUUAAAGCUUCGCAUGAGGGGAGGGACGAAGACCCGCAUGCAUGCCUGGUCUUGUCGGCUUGUCAUAGCAACCACGUUGCGAUGGUGAAGUGGCUGUAGGAACCGUCCCUCUGCUCUGAAGGGAGGGUGGAUGAGGGACGCUAUAUCAACACAGUCGCUACAUAAUGGAGAUCACCAAGGUGCAUUGGAAUGAUAUAUCCCCGGAAGGACCCGUGUGGCUGCCAGUAAACAACGAAACCGAUUGGACUUUAUCUCCAUCCCCCGAUACCGAACAGUCUCCUCUCUCGGAGCUCUCCUCCGGCCUGCGGAGCCUCCACUGCCAAGAUCACGCCGCCACGCCGUGCACAAAGCUGCGACUUACCCCUGACUUGUUUUCCCCAAGUCCCCCGGGGACCACACUUGAUUCGACGCCAGACAGUCGCCCAGUCCCGCUGGGAGAGGAGACGCCGACAAAAAACCUCCUGAAAGAUUCUGGGAACAGGAGAAGGAAAGAGAGGUUUCUUUCCCCGGGAAGUUCUCCUCCUAAAAUGAAGCGCCUGCGUGUGAAGCUGUCCACACGGUUCCGAAGCCCUGCAGCGGUUCAGAGGUCAGACCCUGGUGUCAGGGGUAAAAGGGGACCGGGUCAAAGUUCACCGCCAGGAGGAGGAGCCGCGUGUGUCCAACGGGGUGACAUGGAGCUUUCAGAAGUGGACGCAUUGCUCUCUGUGCGGAGGGUCAAUUCCAGGAGAAGGCCAUUUUCUCCCAGCAGCCUCCUGGGUUCUACAAUGGAGAACCAUUCUCUAACAGGAGACUACAGCAAGCCACUUGUGUUACCAGUGAAGAGAGUGAAUCAUCAGGGCCUGCACUGCAUCACUUCCCAAACCGUGGCGUCACUGCUUGGAGGUCAGUACAGCGGUCCGGUGGAAGAUUUCCUAAUUGUGGACUGCCGCUACCCUUACGAGUACCAAGGCGGACACAUCAAGGGGGCAGUCAACCUCCACACCCGGGCCCAAAUCAAGGGGGCGUUGCUCCAGGUCCCUGGUCUCCGCCAGGUCACCAGCACGCCCGGAGAUGGACCACUGACAGCUGGACAGGGCUCACCCUCGGAGGGGUCGUCGCCACGGAAACUGAUCGUGUUCCACUGCGAGUUCUCGUCGGAGCGUGGCCCACGUCUCUGUCACUACCUGAGGGAGCAGGACCGAGCGCUCCACGCCUCCCUCUAUCCUCUCCUCUUCUACCCAGAGCUGUACCUCCUGGAGGGAGGAUACCGACACUUUCACGCCUGCUACCCGGAGCUGUGUGAGCCUCGCGGCUAUGUAUCCAUGCGUCACCAUGACCACAGAGACCAGUGGAGACGACCCCAAAGGAAGACCACGUCACGACUCAGGAAGAGAUCACCGCUCUACAAGACCUUCUGACGGGAUCCUCAGAAAGCUGUUAUCCCGCCUUUACACGACAAAUAACCUUUACUUCGUUUUUCUGUCAGUAAAGUGGAAUGAGUUGAUAAUAAAGUUGUUUCAGAAAGAA